AUGUCACUUAUUUCAAAUGAAUAUGUCGGAUAUUUUCCUGAACUAUCUCAGAUAGUUCUUCAAAAAUUAUGUGCUAAUAGAACUCAACGAGAAAAAAUACCAAGUGUUCCUUUGUUUGUAGCUCAUUAUAAAAUGCUUCCGUGUGUCUUCAAAUUUUCACACCCAGAAUCCAAUGCUUUACUGCAUAUGCCAUCAAUUUUGAACUACUUGAAAAAUGAAUAUGGACACGAUUUAACCAAUGAUGUUGUUUUACAACGCUAUCAUAAAAAAUCCAAACAAUUUUUUGCUCAGUAUCGCUUGUGUAAUCUUGGUAACGGUAUAAUAAUAUAUUUUCAUGGUGUGAAGUUUAUGUCGGAUAUUCAAAAUCCAAAUAAUUAUUCUUCAGAUGCAUUUGAUGAUUGUUUUCUUGUAAUAUCAUCAAUUGCAAUCUAUUAUCUUCCUGAACACGAUAUCAAAGUACAAAAUAUGGUUAAAGAUCUUUUAAAAUACUAUGUCUUUGAAUCGAAAUUCUUGAAACUUAGCAUGAUUUGUCGCCAUCAAAAUUCAGCGUAUUAUUUGAGGGACAUAAAAAUUAAAAAACCAAUGAUUCUUGACUUAGAAUUGCAUUAUGGACAAAAUUUUGUUAAAGUUCAUGAGAAAAUUCUCAAUGCAUGCAAUAAAAAACAAGGCAAAGGAAUUGUUUUACUACAUGGUAUACCCGGUAGUGGUAAAACUCAUUAUAUCCGUUAUUUAAUAGAAGAAAUUCGAGAAAAAAAAUUAAUUUAUAUUCCUCCAGAUAUGGCUAAACAUAUUUCAAAACCUGAAUUUCUGGCUUUUUUACUAACACAUCCCGAUUCUAUUUUAAUCAUUGAAGAUGCUGAAAAUAUAAUAUGUGAUCGAAAUGAAAUGACAUUUAAUGCAUCUCAAGCGGUUGCCAAUUUAUUAAAUUUAUCUGAUGGUUUAUUAGGUGAUGCCAUGCAUAUGCAAAUUAUUGCAACAUUUAAUUGUGAUUUAACAAUCAUUGAUAAAGCUCUAUUACGUAAAGGACGAUUAAUAGCUGACUAUGAAUUCGGUAAAUUAGAUGUUGAUAGUGCUCAAGAAUUGUCGAAUAGAUUAGGUUUUGGUAUGGAACAUAUUUCCACACCCAUGACUUUGGCAGAAAUUUAUAAUCAAAAUAAAGGAAACGAUAUUGAAUUUAUAGUUUGA